ACAGACGAACAGAGAGAGUGGGAGAGAGACAGAGAGAGAGAGGAGCGUGAGAGCGUGCGGUUCAGGGCGAGGGAGUAAAGCGGACCUUCAAAAGAGGAAAUAGUGGAUAUGUAGCUGCCGUGAUCGCAAGUUCUACGUUCAGUGAGAAUUUGCAUCUACAUGCAUUGGCUCACCAGGGACUGAGGCUGUGGAUACAAUUGCCUUUUUACCCUCGUGUGUGUGUUUUUAUCGCGAGUACGGCCGGUUUUCGCGUUCAUCCCUGCUCGGUUUCUUUAUUUUGCGCGAAGACGUGAAAACGGCGGAAGACACAAAGAGGAUACUGGCCAUCACCCUUAUUUCCGAAGAGUGAGGAUAUUCGACAUUUUCACUCAUCGCACAAGACGGCGAAGAUGUCUGGGCAGAGCAUCACGGACAGGAUAACUGCGGCUCAGCACAGCGUUACCGGGUCCGCGAUAUCCAAAACAGUAUGCAAGGCGACCACUCACGAAAUCAUGGGUCCAAAAAAGAAACAUUUGGACUACCUGAUCCAGUGCACCAACGAGAUGAACGUGAACAUCCCUCAGCUGGCGGACACGCUGUUCGAGAGGACCACAGGCACCAGCUGGGUGGUGGUCUUCAAGUCCCUCAUCACAACGCACCACCUCAUGGUGUACGGCAAUGAGCGAUUUGUCCAGUACUUGGCUUCAAGGAACACAUUGUUCAACCUCAGUAAUUUUUUGGACAAAAGCGGGUUACAAGGCUAUGACAUGUCCACGUUCAUCAGGAGGUACAGCCGGUACCUGAACGAAAAGGCCGUCUCCUACAGACAGGUGGCUUUUGACUUCACCAAAGUAAAACGCGGUGCGGAUGGGGUGAUGAGAACCAUGAACACAGAGAAGCUGCUGAAAACCAUCCCUAUAAUCCAGAACCAGAUGGACGCGCUGCUCGAUUUCAACGUCAAUGCCAACGAGCUGACAAACGGGGUCAUCAACGCCGCCUUCAUGCUCCUGUUUAAAGAUGCCAUCAGGCUGUUUGCAGCCUACAAUGAGGGGAUUAUCAACCUGCUGGAGAAGUACUUUGACAUGAAGAAAAAUCAGUGCAAGGAGGGCCUUGACAUCUACAAGAAAUUCCUCACCCGGAUGACCAGAAUCUCAGAAUUCCUCAAAGUCGCGGAGCAAGUGGGGAUUGAUCGGGGAGACAUACCAGACCUGUCUCAGUUUACAGUUUGUGCUCCAAGCAGUCUCCUGGAUGCAUUAGAACAGCACCUGGCUUCGUUAGAGGGCAAGAAAGUGAAGGACUCCACAGCUGCAAGCAGGGCCAGCACUCUGUCGAAUGCGGUCUCGUCGCUGGCUAACACCGGCAUGUCUUUCACCAAAGUGGAUGAGCGAGAGAAGCAGGCAGCUCUGGAGGAGGAGCAGGCGCGGCUAAAGGCACUGAAGGAGCAGCGGCUGAAGGAGCUCUCCAAGAAGCCUUCUGCCACAACGGCGUCAUCGCCGGUCUCCACCACCGGGGGCGGUAUCAGCACAGCUCCUGCCAUUGACCUCUUCUCCACUCCUAGCUCCUCUAACAGCACCUCCAAGAUCCAGAGCGACCUGCUGGACCUGCAGCCUGCGUUCCCGCCAUCAAUGCACCCAGGCUCCACCGGGCUGCCCGCCGUCACCACAUGGGGAGAUCCUUUAGCGUCUGCCGAAGCUGUGGACGACUCCAUUCCAAACUUAAACCCUUUCCUAGCCAAACCUGCUGUUGAUGCCACUCAUCUACCUGUUGUGUCCUCAGACGCUGUUAGUUUCUCUUCUAGGACGCCAAGCCAUGAGAUGUUUGGCGAUCAUUACAAUCCCUUUAUUGAUUCAAGCUCUUCUGUUGCAACCAAUUAUGAACACAGAGUUCGGAUAGAGCAGUUUGUCUCAGACUCCUUCUGUGGCCCAGCGUCUUACCCUAACGCCCCUCUCUUCCACCCUGAGCCCUCUGCUGUAGCUGGCCUAUUUGGAGGGUUCUCAGCGUCAUCAGUUCCUCAGCCACAGACCUCAAGAGGCCUUAAUGUUGACUUUGAGUCAGUGUUCGGCAAUAAGUCAGCCUCUGCUCACACAGAUUCAUCUGACGUUUUAGGUGGGAUCCUCAAACCCACAGUCGCCUCUCCCAAUCAGGGUCUGCCUGCCAGCGCCCAGCAGCCAGGAAAGCUGGUGUCGGAUGACCUGGACUCCUCCCUGGCUAACCUCGUGGGCAAUCUGGGAAUUGGAAACGGCACAACAAAAAAUGACAUCCACUGGACGCAGCCUGGUGAGAAAAAAAUGACAGGAGGAACCAACUGGCAACCCAAGGUUGCCCCAACCACUACCUGGAACCCCGCCACUAUGACUCCCUCUGUCAUGGCCUUCCCGGCGACGACGCCCACAGGGAUUAUGGGAUACGGCAUGCCUCAGAUGGGAUCCAUGAUGACCCAGCCCACCAUGGUGUAUGCACAGCCAGUCAUGAGGGCACCCAACCCCUUCAGCCCCGCGCCCAGCACACAGCAGCCCUCCACGGCCUCUAGCCCCUCCAGUCAGAGCCCUCUCAGGGGGUCGGCUCAGGAUCCCUUUGCACAGCUCUCUCUCAAGGAUUUCCUUUAGAGCCAUUAGAUGCAGUUCAUGUAACCUGAAGGGGCCCCUGGCUUUCUGAGGACAGAACUCCCUCGGCAGCAAAACCUUCUCCUUUAAGCAAGAUCCACUCUGCUGUUUCGCUCUUCAAAGUGAGAAAAUCAAACCAACGGGGACACAGGAAGGAAAGAGGCAGCCACGGGCAGACACCUGGGUUCAAAUGGCACGGAAGCGGACAUCGAAUCCCUUUUGGAAAUUUGCCCAGCGAGUUACCAGUUGUUAUGCUGCUAUUUUGACCACUAGAGGGAGCCCUCGUCCCAUUUUACACAUGUAAAGAUAGAUAAAGGGUGCCGAAGGAUGUUGCUGUUAAUGUACAGUGUGGGCAAGACAGGGUGGCUGGGUGUGACUACUUUGAUGGUCUCUUAGGGGUGGGAUGGUGCUGGGGAGGGAGCAGGGGGUUAUCUCUUGUUACGAUCAUCAGUCUUGCCUUGGCACCCAUUAGCGAUGCUAGCUAAGUUUAUACCAAUAUUUUUUAUUUACAUCUUUUUAACCGUGCAUUACCUUUUGCAGUAGACAUUCCUUGUGUAUUGUUUGUAUUUAUUUAUGAUCAUUCCAGACACCUGGGGGGGCAGGGGGGUGGGGGGGUUUAAACAUGGAUAUAGGAUUGUAAAUUUAAGGAGUAACUGAGUUUAAAAGUAAAUAUUAAAAGAUGAUAAAAGAUUUAAAAACCACCUGUAAACAGACUAAUAGAGCACUAAAUAUUCUCUAAGCCAGUCUAUGUCUAGUGCAAUUGCUUUUUAGCCCAGAAUCUCACAACCCUACAUUUGUAAGGGUACGAUAGCUGAGACUGUGUCUAAGAUCGAUUUGUUUGCCAGGGGACUUUGAGGAGAAUAGCAAAACACCACAUCUGUGAUUCAGAAGCAUCGUGUGGGGGGGG